AUGGCAUCCGCAUCUGAUACUGAUGCGACGACUGCCCCUGUCGGCGUCAAUGAGAAGCCGCGUGAUUCUGAAACCUCCUCAGCCACGCAGGCUGACCUGACCACCGUCAACGCGGAUGGAGCAGAGAAGGGGGUGGCAGCUGAUGGUAAUCAGCGUCACCCUCAUUGGCCGGGCAAUGCCACGACGACCCACGAGGUUGAACAGUCUCCCGAACUCGACAAGCAAGAACUCACCGAGGAGGAGUGCUAUGACCAACUCGGUUAUUCCUUUCCUACCUGGAAAAAAUGGAUGAUCUUGACUGUCAUCUUCUUGGUCCAGAUCUCCAUGAACUUCAACACCAGUCUUUACUCGAAUGCUCUUGGUGGCAUUGCAGAGGAAUUUCAUGUCUCUGAGCAGGCGGCACGUUGUGGAGCCAUGAUCUUCCUAGUCCUCUAUGCGUUUGGCUGUGAACUCUGGGCGCCCUGGAGCGAAGAAUUAGGCCGCAAGCCAAUCCUGCAGGCUAGUUUGUUCUUAGUCAAUGUGUGGCAGCUCCCUGUCGCUUUGGCACCUAACUUCGCCUCAAUCAUGGUUGGCCGUGCAUUGGGUGGUCUAUCGUCUGCUGGUGGUUCAGUCACCCUCGGAAUGAUUGCCGAUAUGUGGGAGGCUGAUAGCCAACAAUACGCCGUGGCCUUCGUUGUGUUCUCGUCUGUUGGAGGCUCUGUCCUGGGUCCUGUCGUGGGAGGCUUUUGCCAGCAGUACCUUCAAUGGCGCUGGUGUAUUUGGAUCCAGCUCAUCUUCGGCGGUUUCGUUCAGCUGCUUCAUCUCUUUCUUGUCCCCGAAACCCGUUCCACAGUAAUGAUGGAUAACAUUGCGAAAAAGAUGCGCAAGUCAGGGAAAAAUCCCAACAUUUACGGCCCCAAUGAGCUUGUCCCAUUCAAGGAUCGCUUCUCUAUGAAGGAGAUCCUGCUCACAUGGAUCCGCCCCUUUAAAAUGUUCCUAACGGAACCUAUCGUGCUCACACUAUCUCUCUUGAGCGGGUUCAGCGAUGCCUUGAUCUUUAUGUUCAUUCAAUCAUUCUCUCUCGUGUAUGCCCAAUGGGGAUUCUCUGAUGUUGCUUUGGGUCUCGCCUUCAUUCCUAUCCUGGUCGGAUACCUUAUCGCUUGGUUCUCCUUUUUCCCCGCGAUCAAGCGCAACAUCAGGGAGCGACGGGAAAAGCCGGACGACGAGAUGGCUCAAUAUGAGUCUCGCUUGUGGUGGCUUUUGUGGACCGCCCCAUGUCUCCCCAUUGGCCUCAUCGGAUUUGCUUGGACGAGUGUGGGACCCCCAGUCCACUGGAUCGGAACCAUGAUCUUCUCUGCCAUUGUGGGAAUUGCCAACUACUCCAUCUACAUGGCCACCAUUGACUACAUGGUCUGCGCCUACGGUCCAUACUCGGCUUCGGCCACCGGUGGAAACGGAUGGUCUCGCGACUUCCUUGCGGGUGUUCUCACCAUUCCUGCUACCCCAUUCUUCACGAACAUUGGCGGAAAGUGGCACAUUGAAUACGCCUCGACGAUUCUCUUCUGCAUUUCGUUUGUUCUGGUUGCGGCUGUUUAUUUCAUUUACUACUUCGGACCAACUCUUCGCAAGAGGUCACCCUUCGCUCAGCAACUGUCCGAACUCCGGGCCGAGACCGAUGCUCAAGGUCGCCGCCUGUCACGGUUGCCGACCGGGUCACGCGCCAAUUCGUUUGCCCGCUCCCAGCAGAACUUGCGCCUCCGCCAGGCUAUGGGCAGUCGCACGAACAGCUAUGUUGCUUCGCGUGGAAACUCCCGGGUUAAUUCGCGCCGCAACUCUCAGGUUGAAGAAGUCUGA